AAUGGCAUUUAUUGGCCGAUCUCUAACAUUAAUGCAUCGAAAUAAUAAUUGUAUAGCAGUUACAUUCUUUCUGAUAUUACAUCAUGGUUCACCUUUGUGUCUUUCCCUUUACAUUUCUCUAUUUUUUUUUUGUUUUACUGAAAAUGAACCUUUCCUUACUUUGAUUUUAGACCUGAUGGAAGACCAUGAGGAGAGGGAAGAACUGAGUGAAGCAGAGGAGAAACAACAUCAUGUCAAAACUGGUGAAAAAUCUUUGAGUCGCUCACAGACUGAAAGUAAUUUAUUGAAAAGAGGCAAAAAAAAAUCUUUCACCUGCCGUCAGUGUGGGAAGAGUUACAGAGUAAAAGGAGUCCUUAGGGAUCACAUGAAAAUCCACACUGGAGAGAAGCCGUACACAUGUGAUCAGUGUGGGAAGAGUUACACAUUUAAAGGAACCUUUAGGGAACACCUGAAAAUCCACACUGGAGAGAAGCCGUACUCAUGUGAUCAGUGUGGGAUGAGUUUCACAAAAAACGGAUCCCUUAAGGAACACAUGACAAUCCACACUGGAGAGAAGCCGCACACGUGUGAUCAGUGUGGGAAGAGUUUCAGAAAAGCAUGCACUUUGAAAAUACACCUGCGUUGUCAUUCUGGAGAAAGACCGUUUACCUGUGAUCAGUGUGGUAAAAGAUUUUUUAGGAGAGAUGCGCUGAAGGACCACAUGAAAGUUCACACACAGGAGAAGCCUUACACGUGUUCUUUGUGUGGAAAGAGUUUUAGUCAGAUGGGUACUCUAAAUUUACACCAGAAAAGACACAAUGGUGUGAAGGAUCACAUGUGCUUUGAUUGUGGGAAGACUUUUGUUAGAGAUGCUGAACUAAAGCUGCACCAAAGAAGUCACUCUGGAGAAAAACCUUACAAGUGUUCACACUGUGACAAGAGAUUCACAUGUUCAGUAUAUCUGAAAAUACAUGAGAGGAUCCACACUGGAGUGAAACCUUACAAGUGUUCACACUGUGACAAGAGUUUCACUGACUCAGGAUCUCUGAAAUCACAUGAGAGGAUCCACACUGGAGUGAAACCGUAUCACUGCCCUCCGUGUGGGAAGAGUUUCGCUCAUUCAUCUUCUCUACUCAAUCAUACAAAAAACAAAUGUUUGAAAUCAAGAAAUCAUGUCUGA